UUUUAGAAUCAAUUUAGAUUCAUUGAAUAAUUGAAUUAGAGUUUGAGUAAUUUUUAGAUUAAGAUUUUUAAGUUUUUUAGAUUUUUAGGCUAAUCGUUUAGAGAAUUUUAUUGUAAUUUAUCAUUGUGUACCUAUUAGCAGAGUUGAAAAUGGACAAUAAUGAAGUUUUUAAUUUAAUUGAUGGGUACAGAAGACUGCCUAUUUUGUGGGACACUAAAAAUCCCAAGUAUAUGAAUAGAAAUUUGCGGGAGGAUGCGUGGAAGGAGUUAUCUGAAAUUUCGAGAACCUCAGUUAAAGAUGUAAAGAAAAAAAUUGCAUCGCUAUUGGGGUCGUACAGAAGAGAGAAGAGCCGGCAUAAAAGCAGCUUGGUAACUGGUUCUGGUGGAGAUGACGUUUACAAAAGCAAGUGGUUUGCAUACGAUCUUUUCAAGCAGUUUCUUGGUGACAAGAGCAUUCCAAAAGAUACAAUGGACACGUUGGAAAGUAAAGAUGAAAAUCCAGAAGAGGGAGCUGCAUCUCAGAGACUGGAUGUAGAUGAGCCAGCUCCUGAAAUUAGGCCUACUGAAGAGUCUCAUUCUAUGGAUGAAGAAGGAGCUCAAAAAAGAAAAAGAAAACGUUCAUCAGACCCCCAGAAUGAAAUGUUUUUGGAGGCAUUUCAAAUAUUGAAAAAAUCAAGCAGUAAUGUUCCUAUUGAAGAUGCUUUCAAUUCAUUUGCACUGCACGUUGCAAAUGAAAUGAGAAAAUAUGAUGAACGCAUUCUUCCUUAUGUGAAAAGAGAAAUAUUAAAUGUAUUAUUCAAAGCUGACACUGGAGGGUUCAACCAUCUUAUUAGCUCCUCACCUGCAAUCCCCUCAACUUUCUCCACAAUCAAUCAUCCUUUAACAUCCCACAAUCCCACUCCCUCAACCUCAACUACAACCCUACACCACAACUACUGUAGAACAUCUACAAUGUCUGCUCCUCCUUCUCCCACAACACCUCACACAAUUACAUUUGAUCUUGAUGAGGAAAUGCUCAUGAUCGACCACCAGGAGGAGUUGUAGUUUUAAUAGGCUAGGUAUUUUUUAUUGUAUCAUAGUUAUAGAUGUAUAAGGUCUUUGUAUAUGUAAAUAGUAUUUUCAUGUUUUAUAUGAAUAUUUUUGAUUCAGUACCAUUGUGCAUUAUGUCUACAUGACUGAAGCUGCGUUUACACCAAAGUUAUUAACUAAAUGUUAAUAACUUAAUCCUUAUAGAUUCUAUUCGAUUGAACGGAACUUGACAAACACAUAUAUAUGUUCAUAAUGUGUAUGAUAAGUUAUGUUCAAUCUAAUAGAAUCAAUAAGGAUUAAGUUAUUAACAUUUUGUUAAUAACUUUGGUGUAAACGCAGCUUUAAGUUUGCAUGUUUAAUAAUGGAAAAUUCUCUAUCUGAUAUCGCAAUAGGAUUAUCAUAUAAUGUUGUUUAUCCAAGUCAAUAAACAACAUUUUGAAAAAAAAUAGUAAGAUAUUUUGGGGCUGUGACAUGAUGCAUGCCUGAAAACAAACUAUUCUUUUUUUGAAUUUCCAUUAUAUUAUUAUUACUGUAUUUUCGUUUUGUUGUUUUUAUUAUUUUUUAUAAUGAAACUUCUCCUGAAUGUUUCUUCAAUUUUUCUGUAUUUCAGCAAAUGAUUGUAAUUUUACUCUAUACUUUAUCAAUUCAUUAGAAGUUAAUGAUGCCAAUAGAGAAUAUAAACAUUUUAUCUGAUUACAUUUAUUGAGAAAAAAUAAAUAUUUAUUAUUCUGAA